AUGAGAACACCAUUCCCUCCGCCUAAAUCGUUCACCACCAUCAUCACCAUAACCACACUGAGCUUCCACCCACCGCCUCCUCCGUCCCAAUACUCUUCCUCUGUUCCGUUCUUCUACACGAAUCACCCUUCAUCUCACUCUGCUGAACAACAGUCAGAGCAACUACCCACCACCCCUUCUGUUAUGUCCGCCUUCCACCCUUUGAAUCCGGCCAGAACACCCGAAGUAACACUUGCAGUUUUUGGCCAGCUCAACACAAGCGCGGCUCACUUCUCACAAUCAAACAUUCCGCAAGCACAACAACACAGAACACCACCAUCUACUGUUCGACUUGUUUUCUUACUUCACAUGAAACUCGUGGGUUAUAUCUCGGUUAUCCGGGUUUUGUUUGUUUGUUUGGAGUUUCAUCGGAUGCAGGAAUUCUUAUCAGAUAUUUGA